CUUAUAGAGAAGCAGGCCGACCGGGCCCAACACAGCGGUCCAAAGCAGAACAACAUUAACAUAUAGUACACACUACACACAGUUUGAGAUCAAAAACUCCGGAAAGCACAAUCGUCCUUUUUCUGUUCUGUCGCUGUUUCAGAUUUGUCCUCCAAGGCUUUUGGGAUGAGGAGAUACAGUCCCCAAUACCAUAGUCCUCCAAGGAGAGGCUAUGGUGGUAGAGAAAGAGAUUUUCCUAGGAGGGGAUACGGCGGUGGUGGCGGCGGCGGCAGCGGUUAUGGCAGGAGGGAACAGAGUCAUGGAAGUCUUUUGGUUAGAAACAUUCCUUUGGAUUGCAGACCCGAAGAACUUCGAAUCCCUUUCGAGAGAUUUGGGCUCGUUAGGGAUGUUUAUAUCCCUAAAGACUACUACACAGGACAACCUCGAGGGUUUGCAUUUGUGCAGUUUGUGGAUUCUUAUGAUGCUUCUGAAGCUCAACGUCGCAUGAAUGGGAAAAUAUUUGCUGGGAGAGAGAUAUCGGUGGUUGUGGCUGCAGAGACAAGGAAAAGGCCUGAGGAAAUGCGCCAUAAAUCUAGGGCUAGAGGACCAUCAGGCUAUGGGGGACGAUCAUCUUAUUAUGGGCGUUCUCGGUCUCGUUCACCAUCCCGUAUGCGUUCUCCUCACCAUCCUUCGAGUUCUAGAGGCCGCUACCGCUCGAGGUCUUACUCACCUGCUCCAAGACGACGAGGAAACUAUUCUGUUUCACCAGGUAGAAGGCAUGAAGAACAGCCAAGGUCUCCAGUAGGUCCUCCGCAAGAACGAGAUGGUGAUUACAGUCACAGAUCAUAUUCUCCAGGAUAUGAAAAUGCCGAUGGAAAUGGUUAUGGCGAGAAAUCCGCAAUUGAGCCCGAGAACUCUCGGGCUGCAUGGAGGCGAUCUCCAUGUAGAUCAUCAAGGUCUCCAGGUAGAUAUUCAAGGUCUCCUUCUGGGUCUAGAUCGAGAUCUGCUGACCUUCACGUAGGCAUAGCAGACAAGUAGCAAACUUUAGCCUCUGGGUGCAUAUGGCAUCUAUAUCAGAUGGUGGAUUCAGUGGUGAUUAGUCUUUUUGUGUGCUUAUCUCUAUCAUUUUGAAUGGGACAUCUAAAUUUGUGGCUUGCUUUCAUAUUUGUUCUAUCUAAACACUGUAACGAAACAACAACGACGUUUGAGUUUGAGUUUUCGGCUCUUCUAAAUCUAGUUUUCGUGCUUGGCAUUC